AUUCACUCCCAUUAUCCGCUGUCGAAGUUUACCCUCCAAACGUUUAUCAAAAAAGAUUUAUGAAAAAAGGUGUGCAAAAGGUUUAUGAGGAUGGCUGAUGUCAGCAGCCUAGACGAGAGGAGUUUGGAAGUUCUGGAUAUUCCUGAUGAUGUGGACGAUGACUUACUCACGCUGUAUUUUGAAAAUAAGCGGCGCUCAGGAGGAGGAGAUGUGGUUUCUCUGGUGAGACAUGGAAACAAAGCAGUGGUGGUAUUUGAAGAGGCUGAUGUUGCAGCCAGAAUUCUCGCCAAGUCCCAUGUCCUCCAGGAAACUAGAUUGACAGUGCGGAAAAAAACACCAAAAGACCCUGGACAUCUGCUGCUGAGAGGGCUCAAUCCAAACACUAGCUUGGAGUUAGUGGAACUUUAUGUAGAAAACCUUACUGGAAUGGAGUCUGAUGUGGAUUUUACUCUGUAUCUGUCUCCAAGCAAGGACCUGGUUCUAAUACAGCUACAUGCACGCUUGUCUAAAGAUUUCCAGAUGCUUUGUGACAAGGUUUCUAAGAAGGGUCUUGACGGAGCAAAGAUCUCUCUGGAGCAGGUCGAAUCUACAGACUCCAUUGUAGUGGCCAACCUGACUCCCAAUCUCACAGAGGACAUGCUAGAGCUGUACUUUGGAAGUAGACGUGGUGGAGAGGUGGAUGUCCUAGGAGUUACCAUGCUGACAGAGGGAUGUGCUAAAGUGUCCUUCAGUGAUGUUAAAUCUGUGGACUGUGUUCUCCAGAAAUCACAUAAUCUGGAAGGUACAGAUUUAAUCGUCAAGCCGUACUUUGACUUCCUGCAAGCGGUGGUGGAUGAGUCAACUGUGAGAUCUCAUAAUGGACAGGGAACGUUAUCGGAGGAGACAGACCAGACUGAGACUAGACUCAGCUCUGUCUCAGCCCCAAGUCCUACUGCUUCUGAUCCAAUGACAGGCACCAUCUUAGAACAUAGUGUUGCUCUCACAAAAAAUGUCACAAGUUUAGUUAGUAGUACUGCAACAUCAUCUAAAGUUGAGCCCAUGGAUACUGAACCAUCUAGUCCAAAGGAAAUUUUCAUAUCUGUGCCUGAGUCCACCAAACUUAAGAUGCUCAGUUUGAGUAACCUACCAGAGAACCUCAUGAAAGCUCACCCCAAUUUUGAGGUCAGUCUGAAAAAAGAUGGUGUCCAAAUCAAAGGUCCAGACAAGCUUGAGGUUGAAAGACUCAAAAGCAAAGUUUUGGAGAUCCUAAGUGGUAUUGCACAGGCACGUUUGACAUAUGACACCAUCAAAGCAGAAUUUCUAGGAAGGGAGGAUGUUAAAAAGAGGCUGCAUUUGUCCUUAAAAUGUUUACCAUCAACAUACAGUGUGUCAGACUGUAUGGUCACUGUAGCAUCUUUGUCUCAUAUCAGUGUCAAGCAGGCAUGUGACCUUAUAGAGUCCCAGAUAUCUGAGUUUAGUGUGCCAAUAGACAGAGAGUACGAAUCUGUGCUCUUCUCACAAGAGUGCUCUGACUUCCUUGGCUCUCUGGAUUUCUGCAGUGCCAAAGUAUCGGACACCGGUGAAAUGAUUACUGCGUUCACCCUGAAAGGGAUGGAAAUGGAGAAUCAAGAAAAGGUUGUUCAGUUUCUGAGCACACCAAUUCAGAGGGAGACUGUCCUCACUAUGGAGCCAGGACUGCUCACAUUCCUACAACUCCAUCAUCAAGAUCUACUGGCAGACAUGGGAGAGGUCAUCUUCUUCCCACUGGAGACCGGAGAUGGAUUGAGUAUCCAGGGAGAUCUAAAUGCAUGUCAGAUGGCAGAGGAAGUGUUGAGGAGUGUUAUCAACUCAACCUGCUCAAAGUGCAUUGUGGUCAGUCAGCCUGGCAUUUCCCGCUUCCUGUUGGAGGAGGAGGGUGCCAACAUACUGGCAGAGAUGACAGCCAAGUUCCAGGUGUACAUUAACAUGGAGAAGGUGCACUGGGAACCACUAGAGGACAAGGAUAUAUUUGAGCUGGCAUGGAAAAUGACUCCCUGUCAAAACUUUCUGAGAAGUUCCUCAGGAAAUUCUGUUCAGGAAUUCACUGUUGGAGCUCCAGUUGUCAGUAAUCUUAAUGCCGCUGAUGCCCACACUUCAGCUCGUAUAGAAGAAGCUAAAAGGAUCUUGUCCAUCAUUGGCAGUAAUCUGACACCAGAACACUCUAGUGUAGGAGCCACAGACAUGGAAGAGGAGGAUCUGUACUCAGACCAGGCCCAAGAUGCCUCAGCUAUGCAGGAAGAUAUCAGUGAUCAACCUCAGGCAUUGCAGUCUGUUGACGUCCAGAGUUCCUCUACACCCAUGAACACCUGCAGUCUAGAGGAAGAUGCGAGACUCAUGUUGGCGAUUCAGCUAUCUAUGGAGAUCAACCAAAAAACAGAUGCCGAUGAUCUCCAGAAAGCUCUUGAACUUUCUAAGAGUGAAUCCAUGUCAACUGAGGAAAACAUGCAGCUUGAGAAGGCUGUCAUGAUUUCGUUGCAGGACACCAUCAAAGCGUCCAAUACGGCUGAGAUCUUUGUGUAUGCUAACUAUACCCAUGAUCUUGUUAGGGUGGACAUUGCAUUGGGGAAGAAGGUGGGGUUGAGGCACUGCGAGGAGAAGUUCGAACACAAGAUUCUGCGGAAGAUUUCGUCCCACCAAAAGAGAUGCAUAGAGCUUAUUAAGAGAAAGCAUGCCGUAGACAUCAACAUUCAAGGAACGACCGCCGUCAUUUCUGGCUUUAAAGAUUACGUCUCUGAAGCCGUCAUUGAAUUGAAGAACUUCUUGAAAAGGGCAGCGAAUAUGAUGAGUGAUGAUGCAAUCUUGAAGACUGUACAGUGGGUGUGGCAUGAGCAUGGGUCCACUGCAGCGAUACCUUACCCACCAGAUGCCAUAGUGUUUAUUGAGAAUGCUUGGAAGAUGAAAGAGAAAAAGAUUGAUAUUCUGUUCAACAAUCAUCCAUACAGCAUUGACUUUGAGAAGAUGGAGGAGUACAGUUUGGCAUCUGGGAAAUCCGUGUCUAUCAAACGGAACAUGCUGAGCACAGAGGACUUGUGUACAGAUGACACUGAAGAAGAUAACAGUCUGCUGUCCAACAUGCCUGAAGUGUCUGAAGUGGAUGAGGACUCAGAUGAAUUUCAGAAAGUGAUCAAAGACUUCUAUGACACCAUUCAGGAACAACAUAACAGAAUCAAAAUCAUUAAGGUCGAGAAACUCAAGAACAGACUUCUGUAUAACCAGUACAGGCUGAAGAAGGCCAGUAUGGAGCUCAGCUCCUCUGUGCUGGAUGUGGAACGCACUCUCUACCACGGCACCAGUGAAACCAGCGUAAAGGAGAUCUGUAUUCAUGGCUUCAACAGAAGCUUCUGUGGAAAAAAUGCUACUGUGUAUGGUCAGGGUGUGUACUUUGCUGUUAACUCCGCUCUAUCUGUAUCAGACACCUACUCUCCACCCAAUGCAGAUAGCCACAAGUUUAUUUUUGUUGCCAAAGUUCUGACAGGAGACUUCACAGUGGGCCAACACGCAAUGAAGGCGGCUCCACUCAAAGAGAACUCUGCCAUACCUGUCAGAUAUCACAGCGUGACAGAUAAAAUCAGCGAUCCAACUUUAUUUGUCAUCUUCAAUGACACACAGGCCUAUCCAGAGUACCUGAUCACAUGCAAGAAGCUCUACAGAUGAUCACAUAGUCUCAGAUGUUUCCCACAGGCAUGCACAUAAAAUAUUUUCUGCAGUCAUCAUUUGAGAAUUAUUGUUUAAUCAUAAAGUCUGCUCUUCUUUAGUGCUGACAUUUCUUUUUCUUUAAAUAAAAUUUUGUCCAAACAGUAGCUGAAACUUUUAUUUUUUAUGAAUAAUUUGAUUCUCCUUCUGAAAACAAAAGGACAUAAUACACGGAAUACAUUUUCUCAUUGGUUUGCUUUAGUCUAUCAUAACUAUUUUUUUAUAUAUAUUUUUUUUUACAUAAAACGUAGGCCACAUAAUCUAAAAUCUAAAAUGAGAUAUUGUUUGGAUUGAAGGGAAAAAUGACAAUUCUGAUAGUAUUUAGUUUCCCUCAUGUCAUUCCAACAAACCCAUACUUUGAUCCAUGGAACACAAAAGAUGAUUGGCAGAAUGUUAUGGACUGACAACCUCAGUUCAGUUCAUCAGGUAAUUCACAAACUUCAUUCUUUUUAUUACAUGGAAAAAAAGAGCAGCGUCAACAUUUUUUGUUUCUGAUGUGGUGCACAGAAAAUGACGUAUGAAGACAAGUCAUACAUUUAUGAAAUAACACAAAAGUAAGUAAAUUAUGACUAUUUUGAAACUAUGAACUAUUUUUUUUAAACCUGUCUGAUUCACAUCCCUCACAGUUUAAUUUUGGAUUUUUAUUGGAUGUUUGUGAGUAAAUAAAUGCUUAAAUGAAGCAGCCCGCCCAGAGGAUUACAUGUUUUUGCGAUAAUGUUUUUCUUUGAAUCAAUUAUUAUAUAAUUCUUUACAGGCCAGUCAUUAAUGUACAUUCAAGUUUGAAUAUAUGGGAAUAUCACUUUAUCAAGCAUCAUGAAACACUUUUAACAGUUAUCCCUUAAAGCUUACUGGUAUCUGUUUUUAUGUAACAAGUACUUAUUGACAUUCGAUGUUAUUUUUGAUAUAGUUAUUUUCUUGGAAGCUGAUUCAUGUAGAGUUUAUCAUAGAUAAGUGAUGUAUUUUAAAAGUUGGCUGUAAAAAAAUAAAUUGU